UCUGAGCUCGACUGCUUCAGUCGGGCGCUGCCCGCUACGUCACCAGCAGCUGCUCCAUGUGUUGGAUGUUCUCCCACGUUAACUUCGACUGACGAACAAAGUCGCGUAAACAACGUUAAAACAGAAACAACCGGUGGGAAUGUAGCGACUGCGCGUUUCGUGGAUCGUAGUCGCCGUCGUGAAUUCCACCGGUGUCAGUUCGCCACUUAAACCCACGUAAACAAACCACCUGUUUAGCUAGCUGGGCUAACUGUUAGCGGAGGGAUGGCAGCCGUGUCUUCUCUGUUCGGUUCUUCGGCUCGUCUCGCUGCUCGGGUUCGACCUGUUUGUAAACAGAUGACGUGUCUGUCCUCGCAGCGAUGUCUCGCGCGGGAAAAGUCAACCUCACCUGCUGAUCAUCUCAGCUCUGGACUUGAGACGUACAAGGACCUGCAGAAAUAUUUCAACAAGAGACUGAGGGCGACGUACCGCAGGAUCUCCAACACGUCUGAUCACUCAGUGGUGUGUGGCCAUCAUCAUGUGUAUUUCAUUGAAGGCGAUGGAAUCUACAGGAUGGACAAGAGGCAGAGAGAUCUGGAGCCGGAGCAGGUGCUAAAUGUAGGACAAGUCUCUGGAGGAGAGGAGGAGACGAGAUCUAAGAAUGGAGGGAGGAAGCAGACGUUUCAGUGGGUCGUCCAGAGAGUACGUUUAUCCCCACAGGAGAAGCAUCUCGCUGCCACGUUAAAAGCUACUCAUAGAGAGGAGCUAAGGUGUGUGGUUGUAAAGCUUGAAAAGGAAAUGUCCACUUCUUUGGAUCCUUCACACAUCUUACUCACACUGAACAAAGUCCUCAGCUUUGAGUGGGCCACAGAUGAGGUCCUGUUCUUCACGACUCUUGAAGGCCUACGUUGCAGCAGAGUGUUUUGUCUGGACCUGAGCUCGGGGGGAAGCAGGAUAACCAACGUUUAUGAGGAAACACGGCCUGAUGUGUUUGUGGAGGUCGCCCUUUCCAGAGAUCGACAGAUACUGAGCAUCAACUGCAACAGCAGGACCAGUUCAGAGGUGCUGCUGGUCGAUACCACAACAAACAGCGCAGAGCCUCUCCUGGUUCAGCCUCGACAGAUGGACCUCUUGUACCAUGUGGAGCACUGGAGAAGGACGCUGAUCAUACUGGCUAAUACAGGACCUGGACAGGAAUAUCAGGUGGUACAAGCCCCGCUCUCCAACCCAUCCAUGGUGUCCUGGGUCUCACUGUUUGCCCCUUCAUCUGGCAGUGCAGUCAAAGACAUGGACGUGGUUGGAGACCACUGUGUGUUGACUGUAAGAACGCCGGCCAAUGAGCUUGUCCUGAUUGUGAUCCCGCUGAUUCACCCUGAGAAAGCCUACACUGUGCCGCUGCCCACCUGGGCUUGCGCCAUUGAAACCAAAAGACCAGGCUUGGCAGACCAGUGCAAAGUGUUUGAUUUCCUGAUCUCAUCUCCAGUCCGCCCACCGUCACCCUACUGUCUGUACCCAGAGGAUGGGCUCCUUUUAUCAGUCACUGAGGAUGGGUCCGUCCGAGAGAACAAGGACAAUUAUACCACCGCACGUUUAGAGGCCUGCAGCCAAGACGGUACCCUGGUGCCAGUCACACUCUUCCAUGCAGUACCUGUGGAAGGUCUGAGACAGGCGCCACUGCUGGCUCAUGUCUACGGAGCUUAUGGCAGAGAUCUGCACAUGGACUUCUGCCCAGAGAAGAGGCUGCUGCUGGAGCAGGGCUGGGCUCUGGCCUACUGCCACAUCAGAGGGGGAGGAGAGAGAGGUCUGUCCUGGCAAAGACAAGCUCGUGAGGAGAGGAAGCUGAAAGGAGUGGAGGAUCUUCAAGCCUGUCUCCAACACCUCUUCUCCUCAGGAGUCUCCUCACCUUCACUCACUGCCCUCACAGCCUGCAGUGCUGGGGCUGUGCCAGUGGGGGCGCUGUGCAACAGACACCCACAUAUGAUGCGGGCCGUCACCCUGCAGGCUCCUUUCCUGGAUGUGUUGGGAACGAUGGAGGAUCCCAGCUUGCCUCUAACUUUGGAGGACAGAGAAGAAUGGGGGGACCCGUUAGGGAACCCCAAACACAGACUCAGCAUCACCUCCUACUGUCCCCUUCACAACAUCACUCCUCAGUGCUAUCCAUCAAUGCUGCUGACAGCCUACAGCAGUGAUGCCAGGGUUCCUUUGGCAGGUGUCCUGAAAUACACUGAGCAGCUAAGGAAAGUCAUCCACACACACUUCACCACGGAUCCAAAGUCAGAAUGUAAACCAGCACCAAACAUUGUUCUGAAUAUCCAACCCGGAGCAAAUCACCUCGGACCAGACGACUUUGAUCUGAUGCUGGAGGAGGAAGCUCUCAACCUAGCAUUUCUAUACAAAGAGCUGGGCCUCGACCCUCCACGACGCAAGAGGAAGAAAUCGUGAGGAUUUCGAGAACCAUCAAGAAAUCAACAUGAAUGAGUGGAAGAAAAGACAACAAUGGUGACUGUAUCCGUUACGGUCCUUUUAAUUCUCUGACACACAUCCUUUACAGAGGAGACACCAAAGAAACAUCUUGAUUUGACUGCUACUGUCAAACUGCAAUAACUGAAUACCAGUGCCCAUUCAUGUUAGCAUUUAUAAAGAAUGUCAAUGACUCCUAAGUAAC